AUGUUCUAAUCUAAAAUUAAAGUAGAAAUCUCAACCUUGUAAUGCAAUAAGCAUUUUGGAAAUCCAUAUAUACAAAUAAAGAUUGAUAAGGGAUGUAAUGGAAUAGAAAGAUUAAUGUGUAGUGAAUGUAUAGCAGAUUAGAGAGGAGUUUAUAAUGUAAUGUCUAUUGUAGAAGCAAGUGAGAGAAUAUAAAAUUUGAAGAGCUAAUAAUAAUAACAAAUAUUAGAUUUUAUCAAAUCAUAAAAACAAAUGCUAGAAAAAUUAAGAGAGAAAACUAAUAGUCUCUAAUCUAAAAUUUAUGAAUUAUUUUCCUCAUUAAAUUAAAAAUUUGAUGAUUACUCAGUAGAAUUAGAUAAUUUAGUUGCAGAAUAUAAUUGUUGUGAUUUACUCAAAGAAAUUAAUUUUCUUUUUGAAUCUCCUAAUUAGAUUAUAUACUAAUAGUUUCUAAUAGAUUCUGAAAGGAUUUAAAUAAUGAAUCGUAUUUAUUCAUCUAAAGUAAAUAAUUUAACAUUAACUUUAAAAUCUAUAAUAGCAGAUUGGAAUGUAUAAAAUGAGUUUGAUGAAAAAUUCAACUAAAUUUCUACAUAAAUUAAUAAUAAUAGAAUUGACAAAAAUCAUUCCAUUUUGACUAAAAUUUCAGAAAUCAAACAAUAACAAUCUUGUUGGGCUAUUGCAUUUAAUAAAUCUAAUUCAAUUAUGGCAGCUGGAUGUGAAGAGAAUAUUAAAAUUUGGAAUUUUCAAGAUAAAAAAUUAAUUGAUUCUGGAAUUACAUUAAAAGGACAUUCUGAUUAUGUAUAAUGUUUGGUAUUCAGCAAAUAUCAUGAUUGGUUUGUCUCAGGUGGAUUAGAUGAAAAAAUUAUAUGUUGGAAUCAAAUUAAUACAAAGAAAUGGUAAGAGAAUUAAUUUUUGAAUACAGGUUAAGGAAUAAUAUAAUGUUUGAUAUUAACACAAGCUGAAGAUUAAAUUAUAUCAAGCCAUGAUUCAAAAAUUAAAGUAUGGAAUCUUAAUAUUGAAUGCAACAUUAUAUCAUUCAAAUAAUCAUUAGAUAUGCACAAAUAAACAGUUUAAUCUAUUUGUGUUAAUGAGAAUUCAACAUUUUUAAUAUCAAGUGCUUCAGAUAAUAAAAUUAUUCUAUGGUCAAAGAAAUCUUCAUAAGAAUGGUCAUACUAGUGUACUAUCAAUAAAAUUACUAAUGAUUGUGGAAAUAGAGUUAGCUUUAUUUCUAAUUCAGCGUUUGUUUGGCAAUAGGAGAAAUAAGGAAUUUUACAUAUAUUUAAUUUUGAGAAUGGAGAAUUUAUCGAAAAACCUGAAUUAAAAGUUAAAUUAAAAUCAGAAAAUAAAUAAGAUAGAACUCUACUUUUUCCAUCUAUUUUUAAUAAGAAAAAGAAUAUAUUUAUUUAAAAACAUCAUAAAUAUGUAUAUAUUUUGAAGAAAGAUAAUGAAAAUUAAUUAUUAAUUAAUGGAGAUCCAAUUUAUUGUGAAUCCAAAUUUAAUUAUGGAACUAUUACCAAUGAUGGUAAUUAUUUGGUAAUUUGGAAUUUAGAAUCAAGAUCAUUUAAUGUGUAUUAAAUAAAUUGA